CGCACCUUCAAUCUCAGCCGGCCCGCCAGUGUUCACGUUGCUCUCUUUAACUCUGCCAUUCAAUCGUUUCCCCCCCCCCCCACGCCGUCACAUGUGGCGCUCCAUUAAUAUAUAGCACCGCGCCACCAAGCUCAUCGUCCCGCUCGCUCCAAGCUCCGAGAACGCAAACAGCUCACUGUACCAGUGUACCCGAGCUCGUGGCCUCGCCUAGCCUGGCCUGGCUAGCGUUUCUUCGUGCGUGCGCAAGCAAGCACCUAGGCUGCAUCCUGCGGCCACCAUGUCGUCGGGCACGGGCACGGGCAGGUCGUCCACCAGGAGGGGAAGGGGCGGCAGCUUCACGCUGAGGCAUCAGCCGCCGGUGGUGGACAUCGGCUGUAACUGCCGCCGCCCCAAGCUGUUCUCCGUCUUCUCGUCGUCGCUGUUCCGCGGCGGGGGCAAGCCCAAGUCCCCCAACGCGUCGUCCACCUCCACCACCACGGCGUUCACGGCCACCACCGCGGGCGGGCGCAGCCGCAGCGGCACGACGACGGCCACCUCCACCGACUCCUCCUCCUGGGGCCCCGCGUCGUUCGUCGCCACCAACUCGCUGUACGAGGAGCCGGUGGCGGCGGCGGUGGCGCCGCCGCAGGAGCGGGAGCAGCAGGAGGCGAGGCGGCGGCGUAGGCAGCAGCAGCAGCGCCGGCGCCGCAGCAGGCGGGCGCCGGCGCCCGCGCGCCACGGCGCGGUGGCGGAGGAGGAGGUGGAUGGGGAGGAGCAGGAGCAGGAGUACGGGCGGCGGGUGGCCCGGGAGAGCGUGGCGGUGGCGGUGGAUUCGGCGGAGCCGUACGAGGACUUCCGCGAGUCCAUGGUGCAGAUGGUGGUGGAGAAGGAGAUCUACGCGUGGGACGACCUCAACGACCUCCUCCACCAGUUCCUCUCCCUCAACUCGCCGCGCCACCACCCGCUCAUCCUCCACGCCUUCGCCGACCUCUGGACCCGCAACGGCCUCUUCUGCCCGCCAUCUCCCUGCCAGUUCUAGGCAGGGCAGGUGCAGCCGGGCAGGAUGCUCGCCGUCCAAUAACACGGCCGGCGGCGCCACGCCAUGCACGUACCCUUGCAUACUGUAUGAACCACUAGAUUUAGCUUUAGCUACUACUACCACCACCACCCAGAAAAAAAGGUCAUUUCUACCAUUAACGAGAAGGCAAAAGCAGCUCACGCGAGACCGAGAUCGACGCUAUUAUCGGAGGUCCCCGGCCGGCGAGCUGCAUCUUGCAUAGUUGCAUGAAUUUAGUGCCAAAGGUCUUGAGCUUAAUUAAGGUGAGCGCAAAGAAGGCUAUGCAAGAUCAUUUGCUGCUGCUGCUGUAACCGCCAUGCCGUUGUAAUGUAACGUACUAACGUGCCAAUGAUGUGUGCGUGUGUGGCGCCCCAACACCCGGGAGUGCAAUGAUACGCUGGUGUGCCCUCCCGCGAGCGUGAUCCUACUGUUGUACUGGCGUGUAUCGUGUGUACUGAACACUGGAGCUUUUGUUAGUGGGCGUGUUCGGCUGGCUGCAAGCCGACACUGUUGCAGCUGUUUGGACUGCUGCAGCUGCAAUCCAUAGAGAG